UCGGUGGGUGGCGGGCCGGAGGGCGGACCGACAGGCCGACGGACCGUGGCCCCAGGCGGAGGGUCCCUGAAACAGAGUUGGUGACAGUUCUGGAAACACAGCAAGGGCCAUGGCUACCCAAGCUGAUUUGAUGGAGCUGGACAUGGCGAUGGAACCAGAUAGAAAAGCAGCUGUCAGUCACUGGCAGCAACAAUCAUAUCUGGACUCUGGAAUCCAUUCUGGGGCCACAACCACAGCUCCAUCCCUGAGUGGCAAGGGGAAUCCCGAGGAGGAAGAUGUCGACACCACCCAAGUCUUGUAUGAGUGGGAGCAGGGAUUCUCUCAGUCCUUUACCCAGGAACAAGUGGCAGAUAUCGAUGGACAAUAUGCAAUGACCAGAGCCCAGAGAGUGCGUGCUGCCAUGUUCCCGGAAACUCUGGACGAGGGCAUGCAGAUCCCAUCUACUCAGUUUGAUGCAGCUCACCCAACCAACGUGCAGCGUUUGGCCGAACCUUCUCAGAUGCUGAAACAUGCAGUGGUAAACUUGAUUAACUACCAAGAUGAUGCCGAACUUGCCACUCGUGCCAUCCCUGAACUGACCAAACUGCUUAAUGACGAGGACCAGGUGGUGGUUAAUAAGGCUGCGGUUAUGGUCCAUCAGCUAUCUAAAAAGGAAGCCUCCAGACAUGCCAUCAUGCGCUCUCCUCAGAUGGUGUCCGCUAUUGUACGUACCAUGCAAAAUACAAAUGAUGUGGAAACAGCCCGUUGCACUGCUGGGACUUUGCAUAAUCUUUCUCAUCACCGGGAAGGCUUAUUGGCCAUCUUCAAAUCUGGAGGCAUCCCCGCUCUGGUGAAAAUGCUUGGGUCACCAGUGGACUCUGUAUUGUUCUAUGCCAUUACUACUCUUCACAACCUUUUAUUGCAUCAAGAAGGAGCUAAAAUGGCAGUGCGUCUAGCGGGUGGGCUGCAGAAAAUGGUUGCCUUGCUCAACAAAACAAACGUUAAGUUCUUGGCUAUCACAACAGACUGCCUUCAGAUUUUAGCUUAUGGCAAUCAAGAAAGCAAGCUGAUCAUUCUGGCCAGUGGAGGACCUCAGGCACUAGUAAAUAUAAUGAGGACUUAUACCUAUGAAAAACUACUUUGGACCACAAGUAGAGUACUGAAGGUGUUGUCAGUCUGCUCUAGUAACAAGCCGGCCAUUGUCGAAGCAGGUGGAAUGCAAGCUCUAGGCCUUCAUCUCACAGAUCCAAGCCAGCGUCUUGUGCAGAACUGCCUCUGGACUCUAAGGAACCUUUCAGAUGCUGCGACUAAACAGGAAGGAAUGGAAGGACUGCUAGGGACUCUCGUCCAACUUCUAGGUUCAGAUGACAUCAACGUCGUCACUUGUGCCGCCGGGAUCCUGUCCAACCUCACUUGCAAUAAUUACAAGAACAAGAUGAUGGUGUGUCAGGUUGGGGGCAUCGAAGCGCUGGUGCGUACCGUGCUGCGUGCUGGUGACAGGGAGGAUAUCACCGAGCCUGCUAUCUGUGCCCUUCGCCAUUUGACCAGCAGGCACCAGGAAGCGGAGAUGGCUCAAAACGCCGUCCGCCUUCAUUAUGGACUUCCCGUUGUGGUGAAACUUCUCCACCCACCGUCUCAUUGGCCUCUGAUCAAGGCUACUGUCGGUCUCAUCCGUAACCUUGCCCUCUGUCCGGCCAAUCACGCUCCCCUGCGUGAACAAGGUGCCAUUCCACGGUUAGUUCAGCUGCUGGUGAGAGCGCAUCAAGACACCCAGCGUCGUACAUCGAUGGGUGGGACACAACAGCAGUUUGUGGAGGGCGUACGUAUGGAAGAAAUCGUUGAAGGCUGCACUGGAGCCCUCCAUAUCCUGGCGCGCGAUGUCCACAACCGAAUUGUAAUCAGGGGCCUAAAUACCAUUCCGCUGUUCGUGCAGUUGCUGUAUUCUCCCAUCGAGAACAUCCAGAGAGUAGCUGCCGGGGUGCUCUGUGAACUGGCGCAGGACAAGGAAGCCGCGGAAGCUAUCGAAGCAGAAGGAGCCACUGCUCCCCUGACGGAGUUGCUUCACUCGAGGAAUGAGGGUGUUGCAACAUACGCUGCUGCAGUAUUAUUCCGAAUGUCUGAGGACAAACCGCAGGAUUACAAAAAACGCCUUUCAGUUGAGCUGACAAGCUCGCUCUUCAGAACCGAACCAAUGGCUUGGAAUGAGACUGCAGAUCUCGGACUUGAUAUUGCUGCCCAAGGUGAACCCCUGGGAUACCGUCAAGAUGAUCCUAGCUAUCGUUCCUUCCACUCUGGCGGCUACGGCCAAGAUGCCUUGGGGAUGGACCCCAUGAUGGAGCAUGAAAUGGGGGGCCACCACCCUGGGGCCGAUUACCCAGUCGACGGGCUGCCGGACCUGGGCCACGCCCAGGAUCUCAUGGAUGGGCUUCCUCCGGGCGAUAGUAAUCAGUUGGCCUGGUUCGAUACUGACCUGUAAAAUCAUCUUUUAGCUGUAUUGUCUGAAUGAACUUGCAUUGUGAUUGGCCUGUAGAGUUGCUGAGAGGGCUCGAGGGGUGGGCUAGUAGCUCAGAAAGUGCCUGACACACUAACCAAGCUGAGUUUCCUAUGGGAACAAUUGAAGUAAACUUUUUUGUUCUGGUCCUUUUUGGUCGAGGAGUAACAAUACAAAUGGAUUUUGGGCGUGACUCAAGAAAUGAAGAGUGCACAAGACUGGAUCACAAGAUGGAAUUUAUCAAACCCUAGCCUUGCUUGUUAAUUUUUUUUUUUUUUUAAAUCUCUGUAAUGGUACUGACUUUGCUUGCUUUGAAAGUAGCCUUUUUUUUGCAGUAACUGUUAGUUUUUUAAGUCUCUCGUAGUGUUAAGUUAUAGUGAUUAUUGCUACAGCAGUUUCUAAUUUUAAAGGAUCGAAUAACAGUGUAGAACACUAACUAAUUCAUAAUCACUCUAAUUGUAUUCUGAAUAAAGUGUAACAUUGUGUAGCCUUUUUGUAUAAAAUAGACAAAUAGAAAUGGUCCAAUUAGUUUCCUUUUUAAUAUGCUUAAAAUAAGCAGGUGGAUCUAUUUCAUGUUUUUGAUCAAAAAACUUUAUCUGGGAUAUGUCUGGGUGGGGGCCAGUCAGAACUGUUAUUUGGAACCUUGUAUUGGACAGUUUACCAGUUGCCUUUUAUCCCAAAGUUGUUGUAACCUGCUGUGAUACAGAAGCUUCAUGAGAAAAUGCAGUUAUAAAAAUGGUUCAGAAUUAAAGAGUAAACUUUUAAUUCAUU